AAACAAGUGAGAUUCGGCAUUCCAGCUUCCACUUUUGACCACUUUCCAUGUCACCCACUCCUCAUCUCAGCUGGAUCCAUUUCCAUUUCAAUUUCCAUUUCUAUUUAUAAUCGCUUCACCACAGCCUCCGCCGCCGCGCAGAUGGAUCGAGCUCCGCCGCAAGCGGGUGAACAGCCCCACAAGCGCAGCUCAGCCGCCUCAUCGGCAAUGGCAUCCUCGACUUCUGGCCAUAUGGGAAAGCACAGAAUGUUAGCUGCAAUUUCCUUCCUCAAUCAGGAAAUCCAAAUUAUGCAGGAUGAGCUAGUUGAAUUAGAAACUAUUGGUGGAGUAUCCACUGUUUGUCCAGAUGUAAUCGCGAGCGUGGAUUCAGUUCCAGACGCUCUACUUCCUGUGACUAGAGCUCCGGUGGAGGCCGACUGGGAUAGGUGGUUCCAAGGCCCUCAGAGCUCCCGUAGUCGCCGCCGAUGGAUCUGAGCAUCUGCUUCUCGUCUUCAUCUCCUAUGUAAACAUAUAUAUGAUGAUUCUUGAAGCUAGAGAGAAUGGAUGUUAGCUUGUUUGCUCUCUUGUAUUCAUCUGAUUUAGCUUUUUUCCAAUUUUCACACAAUUGUCACUGUACAAGUAUUUGAAUUGGUCGAAAUCAACUGUUAUCUGUCUCAAGUAGUAAUAAGAAAUCAAUGUUUUGAUUUUUUA